AUGUGGACAACGAAAAAUAUUGUAACAGGUUUUCAUCAACUAUCGCUGUUCAAGAUAAAUGCGGCGUGCUUUCGUACAACAUCCUUAACCAGAUGGCAAAAUUUCGAGAAUGAAAGAUAUUUCGAGCCUGGAGAAGAUAUUUUAAAGCGGAUUUGGUAUGCUUUGAAGUAUGAUGUGAAGCGAUGGAAAAGGCGCUGGAAAGAAGCCAAAAUGGAUCCGUAUCAGAGGAAUAAUCCCAUUGCUCAUAUCAAGCGGCAUGCAAUGGAUUUCGAGUUGUUCCCGUUCGAAACUCAAGUAUUAAUCAUUGGAGGUGGCUUGAUAGGAUCGUCUGUUGCAUAUUGGUUAAAGCAAGAGUUUCGUGACGAAGACUACAAAGUGGUAGUUGUGGAGAAUAACGAUAAGUUUGCACAGUGCGCUUCAAUGUUAACAUGCGGUGGUAUCUCACAACAGUUUUCAAUCCCAGAGCAUGUUACGAUGUCAGCUUUUGCUGCUGAAUAUCUUCGUCAUGCUGGCGAGCAUUUGCGCAUUUUAGACAACGAUCCUCCUGAUAUACAUUUUUUACCAAUGGGUUUCAUGUAUUUGGCUCGUACAUCCGACGAAGUAGAUCAGCUAAAGCGAAAUUGGAAAAUGCAAACGCGAAAUGGUGCCCGAAUUGAUUUGCUAAACCGUGAUCAAUUACGUGCGAGAUUUCCCUUCAUCAAUUUUGAUGAUGUGUUGCUCGGCUCAUAUGGCUUGGAAAAUGAAGGUAUAAUCGAUUCUUGGCAAUUGUUAUCAGCUAUACGGGAAAAAAAUCUUACUUUGGGUGUACAGUAUCUUAAAGGAGAGGUAGAAGGUUUUUAUUUUGGCCAAAAAUAUGGUACAACACAAAUACACGGAAUCACAGAUGAUGCUGAUGAAGAAGUUUGGCGUAAUAUGCAUAUUCAUGGAGCUUAUGUUCGCCCACAAAUGACAGACGCUUCUGCUAGGAUCAUACGAUCUAAUCAUAUUGUUGUUGCUGCUGGUGCUUGGUCUGGUCGUAUUGCAGAAAUGGCAAGAAUUGGGAAGGGACGAGAUUUGCUGGCUGUUAGGAUACCAGUUGUUGCACGGAAGCGUAUGAUAUUUGUUGUACAUGUACCUGAUGUUCCCGCCUUGGAUAUGCCAGCUCUUGUCGAUCCCAGUGGUGUUUAUUGUUUUAUGGAAGAAAUCGGUAAUGUAUUUAUUUGUGGAAAAAUCCCGAAUAAGGAAGAAGAUGAAAAAAUUGACCACUCGAAUCUGGAAGUAGAUUACGAUUACUUUUAUAAUAAUAUUUGGCCAAUUUUAGUGAAACGUGUUCCAGCAUUUAAAAAUUUAAAAAUAAAAAAUGCAUGGGCAGGUUAUGAAGAUGUGAAUGUAUUCGAUAACUCACCAGUUAUUGGAGAACAUUUGCUUUAUCGAAAUUUGCAUUUUCUAUGCGGAUUUGGGAAUCGCGGCAUGCAGCAUGCCUUAGCUGUUGGACGAAGUUAUGCUGAGAAAUUGUUGGAAGGCGCAUACUUGACAUUAAAUUUGCGGAAGUUUGAUAUGAGACGACUGGUGAAGAUGGAAAAAUUAGAGGAAGAGUAUGGCUAA